GGGAGGGAAGAGCCCGCGCUUCACGCAUCGCCUCAAGUCAAGCGAUCGGGUCCGUGGAGCAUCUCGGUGAGGCGGUUAUCGAUCUGGGUCUGGCGAAGGGCGGACGAGAGGCGGCGCGGCUAUGAGGAUGGCGGCGCUGGCGAGCGCGGCCGAGAGGGCUGUACUGGAAGAGGAGUUCAAGUGGCUUUUACGAGAGGAGGUUCAUGCUGUCCUACGGCAGCUGCAAGAUAUUCUGAAGGAGGCUUCUCAUCGCUUUACUUUGCCUGUGAGCGGUUCAGAGGGACCCAUCAAGCAGGAGAACUUUAUUUUGGGUAGUUCAAACACCGACCAGGUGAAGGGAGUCCUGACACUUCAGGGAGAUGCCUUGUGUCAGGCUGAUAUUAACUUAAAAAUGCCCAGGAAUAACCAGCUCCUACACUUUGCAUUCCGGGAUGAUAAACAAUGGAAACUCCAACAGAUCCAGGAUGCAAGGAAUCAUGUCAACCAAGCGAUCUACCUGCUUACCAACAGAGGCGCCAAUUACCAGUUCAAGACAGGAUGUGAGGUCCUCAAGUUGAUGGAUGCAGUGAUGCUGCAGUUGACAAGAGCUCGGAAUCGGCUCACCACUCCAGCUACUUUGACUCUGCCAGAAAUCGCCUCUAGUGGUGUUACGAAAAUGUUCACUCCUGCUCUGCCUCCAGACAUCCUCGUCAAUUUCUACAUCAACCUGAAUAAGCUCUGCUUGACUGUCUAUCAGCUGCAUGCUCUGCAACCCAGUUCUACAAAGAACUUCAGACCGGCUGGAGGGUCCAUACUACACAACCCAGGGGCCAUGUUUGAGUUCAACAACCAAAGAUAUGAAGUGAACCAUGUCCACAAAGUGGAGUGUGUCGUGCCCUGGCUGAAUGACGCCCUCGUUUUUUUCACGGUCUCCCUGCAGCUGUGCCAGCAGCUGAAGGACAAGAUCUCUGUGUUUUCUGGCUACUGGAACUACAAGCUCUACUGAUCCUGCCUCAAACAGUGGUCCAUUUGCAAUUUCAGCCACUCUCUCUCUUCCCGGGAGGAAAUCAUUGUAUAAGCUGUGUAUGUGUGAAGAUUUACUGGAUCCCACUGUUCAUGGUGGCAGCUGGGUAGGCACCAUGCCCAGUGUUGGCAUCCUUAUGUGUCGAAUAUCAUUAUUUAUUAGCACUUUAGAGGUACACCUAUUCCUUUCCAAGCUGGUGAACACUAGUCAAAUCCCAACCCUCUAGCACAGGGAACGGGCUCUCCAAAUGUCAUAGGACUGCAACUCCCAUUGUCCCUGAUCCACUGGCCAUGCUGGCUGGGACUGGUGGGAGCUGAAGUCUAGCAAGACUUGGAGGGCCACAGGCUCCCCUUUUCCCUUCAUUAGAGGAAAAGGUGUGAUUGUGAACAGAGAAAAUGAAGCCAGGGCUGGACUGUUAUGGAGGGAUGACAAGAGGGACCAACUUGGUGUGUGUGGUGGGCCACAAAGAGCCAUUCCUUCCUCGUCAUAUUUUUGGUUUGCUGUCCCUUCCAUCACCACCACCAAAUCUCUUGCGCCAAUGUGGAAGAUUCAUCUCUACAAUUUAACCCCAGUGGCGUCGGGAACAAUGUUCUUUCGGUGGAAAGCCAGAGGCACCACCUCCAUCAUGUCUUCCAUUGAGCCAUCGCUAUGCCCGUCUACCACUAAGCAAUGCAAACCAUACAUGUUUGUCUUGGUGGCAGAGUGGUCGGUUGCUGCUAAACUUGAACGAAUCAUUCCUUGAACUGGUCUGCUGUUGUCGUUAAAUAAAAAUCCCUGACCAUU